UUAUCAGAACUGGCCCAUUACCAACUCGUUCCAUUCCCGUUUCCAAAAGAAAUCUCAGACGAAAAACCCAAUAAUUAUAAUUAAUUCACAAAGAGUGUUUUGCUUUGGCUAUAAAGGCUGCAGCCACAGUUACAAAGCACCAAGGACCUUAGAAUUAAGCCGAGCUAAGGGUUCACUGCCGCCUGCAAGUUGCCGUGACGAAAAUCCAAAUCGAUUGUUGGCCACAAUAAAGAAUAAACCAAACAAUUGUAAAAUAAACAAAAAUAGGACAAGUACAAGUGAUGUUAUACCUGGGAUUAAGCAGCCAGAAGGAAGUUAUCAGAUCCGUUUUACUACUUAAAGUGCUGCCAAUGUGGGUGUGGUUGAGCAGUAAUUACAACCGUGGGCAUAAACUAUUCACGCUAUAAGGAAUCUACCCUCUAGACAUGCAGCAGGACCAACAGAGAGCAAAGGAAAAGCAAUAAGUAGCAACGACGUUAUAAGUGAAUCCUUAAAGAGACACGUUACAGUCAUGUUUUCCGAUGACACCGAUGAGCUGGACACCAUUGCCGAUGUCAUGGGACUGCGCACCCAGGCACGCCUCAACACAUUUCGCGAGAUGUGGUACCAUGUCUUUCUGUGGGCCCUCUUCUCCUCCAUCUUCAUCCACACUUGCGCCGCCGUGGUGGCCUUUGUUACACUCCGGAAGCACAAGUUUGGCCGGUUCUUUUCGAUUCUGAUCCUCGUCAUGGGAUUCCUAUCGCCCGCUUCGAGUGGUAUCAUCAGCAGUGCGGUUAUCGCCUUCGUGCAUCGCGCUUCCAGCCUACCCAUGUCUCCUAUAUACGCCAUGGUCUGGGGCCUUGGGCAGACAAUAGUGUCUGCUUGCUUGGGCUUCACACGCAUCUUGGCCACGCUAUAGAGUAUGGACUGAUAAUUCUUCUUUAGGCGGACUACCACUGUCAUCUCCCCAAUCCCAGAUCUUCACAAAAUUCUUGUUGAGUUUACCAGCAAUAUUAUAAAUUCUUCAGGUGCAAACAAAUAAUUCAAUUCAAAAAGCUUCGUGUGUAAGGAUAUUGUGAUUUUUUUAUAUAUAUACCUUAAUACGAAGAGAGAAAUAAUGUUAAAUACUUAGCUUCUAUCCUAACCUUAAAACUAAUUGUACAUAAUAUUGGAACAUUAUAAAUAUAAGGAGGUCCUUAA